AUGGCCAUGGCCCUGUCGAGUACAGCGUUCCCAUGCAGGAAAGCUGCAUCCGACAUCGGCUCUGAAAAGUUCGUACUUCGCAACCGACUUGUGCCCUUGUGGCUGUCUUCUGCUGUCAAUUUUCUACGUAUGGUCCUGCAGGACUCCGUGGCAGCUGGGUGGCUGGAGGAGGAGCUCCCAGCCCAGACGGCCCGUUCAGGCGAGGAUGCGCCCGAUUAUGCUGCAGCGGUCGCUGAGACGAUGUUCACUCUGGAGAUCUGGGUGGUGUACACUGGUGUGGUGAACGUUGCUGCACAAAGCCAGAGACUUGCAAGAUCAGGAGAUAUCGAAAAGCCAAUGUGGGACUAUGCCGCAUCCAAUCCAUUGCUUCUGGGAGCCUUUGGCUUGUGCGAAGGAGCCUUCUUUCCACUGGUCUUUUUCUCCGCUGCGCGGCUGCCGGGAAGCCUCGUCCAAGUGCUCAACCAGACCCUCAUACCCUUCACGGUGCUCUUCAGCCGUGGGUUUCUGAAACGCCGUUACGAUGGCAUCCAAAUGCUGGGUGUCGCAGUAUGGUAUACGGGGUCGAAGAAGCAGCUCCUCGAGCAGGCUCAGGUGUGCUGCAGUCAUGGUCACGCAGCUAAGGCCAUGGUCGUGAAGGAGAGCGUUUUCGUGCAGUUUUCGAAGCUGAAUGAAACACAAGGCGGGAUCAAGCAGGAUCAGUGGAUGUGCUUGUUUGGCUUCUUCUUGAAAUCCUAUGACCAACCAGGCAGUUAUAGCCAUAGGUCCUUCGCUUGCAUUGCCCCAGAUGCGGCACUGUUCCUGAGCAUCGGCACUUGCUGCCGCUGUGCUGUUCAGCUGCUAGCUUGGCCGGCAUUUUUGCAGCUGGUGUCUCCGGGCACUGGAAUCAGGAGCAGCGCAGUGGCUGGUGCCACGGCAAUGAUGCAUUCAGCUGUUUUGCCACUCACCAUCUUUUACAUCGCCGCGAACGUUGGAAUCAGCAUCACGGCUUUGCUUCUUGUGCAGAGGACAUCGGCGUCAACCGUAGUCCUUGCAAACGUGGUGGCGCUGCCACUGUCUGCUCUGAUAUUCUGUCUGCCGCUGCCAUCGCUGGAACGCCAGGUGUUCCACUGGCGCUUUGCAGUCAGCCUGUUGCUGGUUGUUUUGGGGAACUUGCUCUACAGCCAUCGCUCUUUAAGUAAGAAGUGA